AUGGCUGGGAUUCAAUCUUACGUGCUCGUCAUCUUCCUGCUGCUGCAUUUCACGCGCUUAGAUGGCAGUAACUUGAUACUUGAGCGAGACAUCAAGAUCGAUCGCAUACUUCACCAGGUCUUCGGCUUCACCAGCUUGCGAGGACAUCAGAAGAGAGUUAUCAGUGAGGUUCUUGAUGGCAAGGAUGCGUUUGCCGUCAUGCCGACCGGGGCAGGGAAGAGUUUGUGUUAUCAGCUUCCAGCAGUGUACGCGGAAUCAAAAGUCACGCUGGUUGUUACGCCUCUUCUUGCGCUCAUGCUGGGUCAGGUGAAGUCACUUCAGAGCAAGGGGGUCCUGGCAUCGGCGAUCUACUCCUCCCAGUCCAAGAGAGACCGAGAGCGAGUCAUCAACGACCUGCUCGGCAAGCCCUCGCCGGACUCGGAGCCCUUGACCUUCCCUCCCAUGAUGCGGCUGCUCUAUGUCACUCCCGAGCUUCUCUGCACCAGCAACUUUCAGCAGGAUUUGUCGAUCCUCUACGAUGGAGGAUACAUCAAUCUCAUUGCCAUAGACGAAGCACAUUGUGUCAGCGAGUGGGGGCACGAAUUCCGGCCGUGCUUUCGAAAGCUCGGGUCGAUUCAUCAAAGGUUUCCUUCAGUCCCCUGGCUGGCGCUCACAGCCACAGCCACGGAGCAAGUUCGUCGGGAUGUUGUCAACAUCUUGAAGAUCAAAGUCGACAAGAUCUUCAUGCAGAGCUUUGACAGGCCAAACAUCCGAUACCAAGUGAGGUAUAAGGAUCUGAUAGGUGAAGAUGAACAAGUUUUCGAAGACAUCGCGAGCUUUGUCGGUGAGUCUCUCAACUCCCUCCCUCGUGGUGAGCCAGUAGCAGCUGGGCUGCAGUACGCGUGCUCGGGGAUCAUCUACUGCCACACGAAAGCUUCAUGCGACGCUCUGGCGCAGCAGCUGUCGGCGAUCGGAGUGAAGGCGAAGGCUUAUCAUGCCGGGCUGCGGCCAAGAGAGAGGAUGCAAGUGCAAGACGAGUGGAUGGAGGGAGUGACAAAGGUCGUGUGCGCGACCAUUGCCUUUGGCAUGGGGAUCGACAAGAAGGACGUGAGAUUCGUGAUCCAUCAGUCGAUGCCCAAGUCCCUCGAGGCCUACUACCAAGAAACUGGUCGCGCCGGGCGGGACGGUGGCGAGUCGGAAGCGCUCAUGUACUUCUCGGAAGACGACGCGAACUUGCAUCGCUUCUUGCUGCGGAAGUCUGUGGAGAACCAGGAGGUGCAGCCUGAGCGAGUCAAGGUGACCGGCCCUGCCCUCCUCUCGCGCUGA